UAAAGUGAGGAAUGACUGCCUUGGAAACGGGUGGUUUUUCGGACGGCAUUUUCGAUCCACCUUUAACCGAAAAGGAUAGGGAAGAAAUCGGAUGUUCGAUAUGCCUACUCAUGCCGAGGGACGCCCAAGAGUGUAUAAAUGGCCAUAUAUUUUGCAAAACCUGCAUAUCACUCUGGGAAAGCAAAAAUUCGAAAUGUCCAGUCUGUCGAACAGUAACAGCUUAUCUACCAAAAAUGAUUUCCAAGUUCGAAGAAUUGACCGUUAAGUGCAUUGAUUGUAACUGGAAAGGAGAUUUAAAUCUAUAUGGAGAACACGAGAAAAUACAUAAAAAGAAUAUAUCAACCAAUCAAACAAAUUUAAAUUCUCCCCCGAAACGACGAAAACCCGUUAAUGAUUUGAGACAUCACUUAGACGCUUUUGCAAGUGAAUUGGAACGACGGAAGAGAGCAGUCGAAAGAUUCUAUAUUGAAAGAGAAAGAAAACGACGACAGUACCAGAGAGAGGUAAACUUACUAUCUAGACAGCUGGAUUUUUUGGCAGAUGACUUAAUUAGAGCAAACCAAGAGUUAGAAAGACCUAGACGACCUCGAACUAGAUCGUUGACCCAUUUAGACGCAGAAAACGUGACGACUAGGGCAAGGGCAUCCACGAUGCCAAGAGUUGAUGUUUGACCAUAUUAUCGCUCAGUGAGAACUUACCCAGUAUUAACAAUUAAAGGUCAUAAAAAUGUUGAUUAUUUUUUAAACGAUUUGUACUAAAAUGUAAAUAUGUUAAACACUAGCAGACUAGUUUUAGUAUUUAUUUUAUACGGCGCCUGCAUUUAGUGUUCGUGACCUAGUUCCUUAUGUACUCGGUGCUUCUCCGCUGCUGUAGAAAAUUUUAUUUGCUUUUAUUGCUGUAUGUUUUGUUCGCAGAUUUAUUGAAAAAAAAAGGAAAAAUAGCUGCAAAUUCUGUACACUUUUGAAUACAUUUCGUAUCUUGUUUCUACCACUUGAAUUAUUCAUUACUCUUAUCGUUCAAUCAUUUCUCUCCUAGUGUCAAUCUACAUGGGACAAAAAAUUCUGUACAAUAAUAAUAAUCAUACUCGACUCUGCUGUAUAUAGGUUGAAAUUGACUUAGCAAUCAAUGCGAUUGUCUUUGGCGUCUAGUAUAGGCCUGUAGGUUUGCCUGAUAAAUAAGCACAAGCACACAUUGGUUUAAAGAUAAGUUGAUAAAUAUAGUAUUCUUAGUUAAUUUUACUCUUCUUUAUUCGCAUAAUAAAUUUAAUUUCUACGCUCCAUAGUUUAUAUAUAAAGCGAGCGUGGUGAGAAAAAGAUACCAAAGACGAUUUCCAAGAAUUACCCGUUGACCUUAGAAUAAUUUGGAAGUGAGCCUAGA